UUGUUGGAAUAUUUGGAAAGUGUACUCAAAUUUGAUUUGGGGAAAAGGAGAUUGUCCUAGGACGUCUGCACAUAUUACGGUGCAAAUCAAGCGUUAUACUCAACAAUGGAUUUAUUCUUUGGACAAGUUAAAGCCAUCGAAGAUGGGUGAGGUGUUAAUGGAAGAGGAACUGGUUCCUAGGGGAUUUCGGUGGCCAGGAAGAAAAUUUCAGUUGAUUAAAUGGCAUAAACCAAAGUCGGGUCUAAAAAUAAAUACCGAUGCAUCCUUUGAUGGAAUUCAGGCGACCGGAGGAGCUAUUAUGCGAACGGACAGAGGAAAGCUGGUCUUCGGGAUUCGGUUUCCUCUUGUUGCUUCUUCUUCGAUGGAGGCUGAACUGAAGGCUAUCAUCUUCGCUACAAGCUGGGCGAUUCGAGCUAGAUAUGAAAAUUUUCAGGUUGAGUCUGAUUCGAGAAAUGCCCUAUCUACUUUGCUGGAUGAAGAUGCUCGACGAUGGAGAAAUGAAAUUCAGGCAACCAGAUUGAGUGUAGUUAACAAAAACAUCUCCUUCAGACAUGUGAUGCGUGAGGGCAACUGGACUGCCCAUUAUCUUGCUAAGGAUAAAUUGGGCCAAUUGCAGAUUUAUUUUAAUCCUAAUGAUUUGCCUACGUUGGCAAAGCAGGCCUAUCUAAUGGACUUAUUUGGAAUAUUUUCUAUCAGGUUUCUUUAAAUUUUACUGUUUUUUAAUCGGGUCUGUUUUUGGCCUGAUUCCUUUCUACUUUAUUUGUUCUGUUUGCUGUUUUGUAUCUUGAAAGGGAAUGCCCUUUCCGAAGAGGUUUUGGUAUAAUCCCCCUCUUCUUUUGUACUCUUUUUUUGGUUUUUCAAUAAAAUCCGGCAAAUGUUCCCCGACAUUUGCCCCACUGAUUUUGG